ACGGUUCCACCGCAUCGAGUCAAAGCUGGUUUUGUGUGCGUGUGAGAGGCGAUAGGAGAGCGAUGGCGGCUUCGGUGUCGGCGUGGUUGAAGCCUGGAGGGUGGGCGUUGGACGCCGAGGAGCACGACGCAGCCCUUGCCGUCGGCAAUGAUCUCAACGUCUCCUCCUUGGAGUUGGAGCCACAGCAGCAAGACUUCCCCUCCCUCGCUACAGCCGCCGCUUCCAAGACCUCGAAGAAGAAGAAGAAGCCGCAGCCCGUCUCCCUCGCCGAGUUCACCUCCGGUAAGCCGGUCUCCUACGGCGCCGGCCGCCGCGCCCUUUCUUCCGCCGCGCUCACCCCUGACGAGCUCCUCGCCCUGCCCACCGGCCCCCGCGAGCGCUCAGCCGAGGAGCUCGAGCGGUCAUCGUCCCGCGGGUUCGGGUACUCCUACGGCUCCCGAGAUCGGACGAAUGGGGAGGGGACCAACCCUGACCGCUGGGGCGCGAGUAGGGUUUCUGACGAGCCCAGGAGGGGUGGAUUUGGCGGAUUCAACCGGGAUCUUGAGCCGUCCCGCGCUGACGAGAUCGAUGACUGGGGCGCAUCCAAGAAGUCUUCCGUGCCGGAAAGGAGGGAGAGGGUAGGCGGCGGAAAGGGGCCCCUCUUUGAGUCGCAUUCUAGGGCAGAUGAAUCCGAUAGCUGGACCUCAACCAAAAGUGCCGCCCCGCCUAGGGCCGGCGGCGGCGGAUUCGUUGGAUCCAGAGAUAGAAUGAGUGGUUUCGAUAUUCUUAACAAGGACGAAUCCACUGGCGGCCGGGCCGACUCUGAUACAUGGGGAAGAAAGAAGGAUUUCACGGCUGCUGAUGCAUGGAAAAAGGAAGAGGAUGUAAGCAACGGUCCAAGGCGUAGGCUUGUGUUACAGCCCCGCUCCUUGCCUCUAUCCAACGGAGACAACGUCAAACCAGUCCAAGGUGAGACACACAUAGUAUCCCCGGAGAAGAAGAGCAGGGCGUCGAAUCCCUUCGGGGCAGCUCGGCCACGAGAAGAGGUUUUAGCAGAAAAGGGACAAGAUUGGAAGGAGAUUGAAGAGAAACUUGAAUUCACGAAGAUCCGUGAUGCUCAGUGUGAAAGUGUUUCUGUUAGCAAGAAGGGAUUUGGAACUAGUAAUGGCAGCACAGAUGGUGAGAAUUCUUGGAGGAAGCCUCUUACAACUGAAACUUCUCCUAGGAAUGACAAGGCUGAGAACACAGUGCCUGAAAACUGAAGCUCCUACAGCUGAUGGCCUCUGAAGUUUGAAUCACAGAGAUUUUCCAGGUGAUGCAGACCUUUUUUACAGGUUUUGGGCAAAAAAAUACAUCUGCUGGAAAGCAGUUUUGGUAGUCGGAUGAGUUUUACUACUAUAUGUUAUUUCUUGGAUGGAGAAAGUAUUAUGCAUUUAGAUCUUCGUUCUUUUGUUGCUGUUCUUUAGAUUUUUUGUGUCUGGAAUUUUGUUCAAUUAUUCAGUUUUUGUCACAUUCGUGAAACAGAUUUGGACUCUAGUGUCUUGAAAUCUUGUUUGGUUUAGGUCUCUCUGGUUAAUUGAGAUAAUUGUUGUAUUACGACUGAUUAAGAAGAUGAAACUUCAACCAAUUAUUUAUUUCAUGGAACUUUAGCA